AGAGGAAAUAAUUAAAGAUUAUUUUGAUUUUGUUGAGGAACUGGAAAAGGGACCACACAAAAUUAACAUGGUGGUUUACACAACAAUAUCUGCUUAUGUGCUAAGUACCAUAUUAACUGGUAUUGGACUUUUAUUAUUUACAAUACUCAAAUUUUUCCCAAGACACAUUUAUAUUGGAACAUCUGGUGGUAUUGGUUUUUACUUGUUAAAAACUGCUGUAAAAUUUUCGGUUCGACGGUCUGAAAAGUAUUAUGAUUUUGAGGGAUCGAAGGAAAUUUUCCAUCAUGAGAAUAAUUUUCUUUCAUGGG